CCCCACUGGCCCCUCUUCUCAAACGCUCACGAUAAAACGCAGUUUGGGAAUUUCCUUUCAUCGCCGCCAACAAAACGCAAUCUUUAUUCGGUUGACCUUAUCAUCGAGAAUUUGCUUGGUUAUUCCAUCUCUCGCCGCAUCCUGUUCAUCUAUUUCUGGUGAAAUCUAACUCUGCGUUCAUCUACUUCGCACAGGAUUUGAAGAAAUUAUUCUUAAGGAUUGAAUGUUCUAAUGGAGUCUAAAGGUGGGAAGAAGUCCAGUAGUAAAUCAUCAUUAUUCUACGAAGCUCCCCUUGGAUACGGCAUUGAGGACGUCCGACCAAACGGUGGCAUCAAGAAGUUCAGAUCUGCUGCAUACUCCAACGUACGUAUAUAUAUUGCAAUUUGUAUAAAUUUCUUUUUCUCUUUUGCAUUGAACAUUCUUUGGUGGAUGAGUUCUUAGCAUCACAUUUUUAACAAAUGUUUCCUUCUAUGUGUGCAGUGCGCUCGCAAGCCAUCCUGAUACCCCUAAACUAGGUUCCGGAUCACGUCUCUGGACGGAGUAAAAGCGUGACAAAAGUAGCUAGUUUAAUUAUUGUAGAUUUUAGUUAUACCCCUGUGCUCCUUUUCUUCGGUCUUUCUUCUCUCUGUGUGUUACUUGUGGUUAGCGUCACUUCUUGAGUCAAAAUGGCCUUGCCAGUUUCGGCUAUUGGUUUUGAAGGCUAUGAGAAAAGGCUUGAAAUUUCAUUUUUUGAGCCAAGCAUCUUUUCUGACCCUGAUGGUAAGGGCCUUAGGGUUCUUAUGAAAGAACAGCUGGAUGAGUUCCUUCUGCCAGCUGAAUGCACAAUUGUUGCUUCUUUGUCAAACAAGUAUUUUGACUCCUAUGUCCUUUCUGAGUCAAGCCUCUUCAUCUAUCCAUACAAGCUAAUUAUCAAGACUUGUGGAACUACUAAGUUGCUUCUCUCCGUCCCUGCCAUCCUGAAGUUGGCUGAGUCUCUUUCUCUUCUUGUAAGAGCAGUGAGAUACACCCGUGGCAGCUUUAUUUUCCCUGGGGCUCAAUCAUUUCCGCAUCGUAGCUUCAGUGAGGAAGUUGCUAUCCUUGAUGGCUAUUUUGGGAAGCUUGGUUCAGGCAGCAAGGCCUUUGUGAUGGGCAGUUCUGAGGAUUGCAAGAAAUGGCAUGUUUAUAGUGCCUCUGCUGGGUCUGAGCAUGUUGCUGUCCCUGUCACUACACUUGAGAUGUGUAUGACUGGCUUGGACAAGGAUAUGGCCUCUGUGUUUUACAAGAGCCAAUCAUCAUCUGCUGCUGGGAUGACCGCAAAAUCUGGCAUACAGAAGAUUCUUCCAGAUUCUGAGAUCUGUGAUUUCGAGUUUGAUCCAUGUGGUUAUUCCAUGAAUUCUAUUGAGGGUUCAGCCUUGUCUACCAUUCACGUUACACCUGAAGAUGGGUUCAGCUAUGCCAGCUUUGAAGCUGCUGGGUAUGAUAUGAAAGCUCUGAAUAUGGGACUGCUGAUUGAAAGGGUGUUGGCGUGCUUCCAGCCCUCUGAAUUUUCCAUUGCUGUCCAUGCUAACAUUGAGUCUCCUGUUGAGCUGACUGGAUCCCUGGACCUGAAGGGCUAUUGUCUUGAUGAGACUUGCUAUGAAGAGCUGGGAUUGGGUGGUUCUGUUGUCUAUCGAAAAUUUGUUAGGACUGGGUCUUCUGCUUCACCAAGGUCAAUUCUGAAAUGCUGCUGCUGGAAUGAGGAAGAGGAAGAUGAAAAGGAGUAGCACUGGGGUUUUUGUUUCUCUAUAUAAGAUUUUAUGUCAAUUUAGCAGUCAUUUUUAUUAAAUAAAGCAAAUACCAAUGUUGUAUGCUGGCAUAUGUAAGACUGCAAUGUGCUGUUUCUAUGUUGAACUGGUCAGCAUUUGCUGAGACCUUAAUUUGUAUUUUUGGAAUGAUUUAGUGAUGAAAUUAUGAAAUAGCUAUGUUUAUCUCGGGUUUUUUUUUUUGGUGGUCAUACAAGUAACAAAUUAAGUUGAUGUAUGGAUUACGUUUUGUCUUAGUUUUUCAUUUAGUUUUUUAUUUGGAUUUGGG